AUGACGGAUCGAACAAGGUUCCUCCUAUCUGCCACUGCCUUUUACUGCUUCUGCCAGAUAUUCUUGCUUCCACAAUUUGUGCAUUCAGUGGUUGUGGAAAGUCGCCUUGCUUCGGAAAUCUUGGAUCUGAACUUAUUGCCCAAUGUCCAGAGACCAAUCUUGAUAUGCGAUGCCAUAGCUCAGUCACAAAGGAGACAAUGGUGGAAGCAUAUCCAGACAAGAUCCAAGAGUGAAAUGGUUAUGGUAGACGUACAAACAACUUCAGUCGAAGACAACGGAGGAGGAGAAGAAGAAGAAGAAGAAGGAGAACAACCACUACAAGACGCUCUGGAAAAAGUGCAAUCGAGCAUUGAACAAGAGAAUGGAGAGGCAAUCUACGUUGCAUCGAUUGGAUCCAGUUGUUCCACUGAUCAGUUACCAAUCUACGAAUAUUGUCAAUCUUUCUUCAGCGACCCAGAUAUUCUUUCAAACUUUUCUCCUUACACUCCCAUGCACGAACAGUUGGUUAUUUCCUGCAACCAAGCAAUAUCUACCUUGUCAUCCAGGUACUAUGCUACCACCAUCCUUAGCAUCGGAGGAGGUCCUAUAGAAUAUGAAAUGGAAGCCAUAAGCCAGAAGACAAUAGAUUCAUACAAAGGAACUCGUGCCAUUACUCGAACAUGGGACGGUGAUACCUUCAAUGUCGGCUGGAACUCUGGGCAAGACAUAUUGAUGGACGACUGGUCUGAUAAUCAAAGAGACGUAGUAUCUGCUUGUAUUCAACCUGGGGAUAUACUAAUCAUUCCUAAAAAUUGGUGGUUCCAAAGCAAGUCACAACAAAACAUAGCUAAUAUAUCGGUUCUUGGAAGACGUUGUGGUUCGAAAGAGUUUGAAGAACUUGUCCAACACAUCCUGCCAUCAAACCUGGCGAAUGUUAUGCUUCUGGCUCUUGAAGAAAACGAGGAUGAAGAAAAAUGUCAAAUGCUGUUUGAUAGCAUAAAACUUCAGAACAGAGGAUGA